AUGGAUUUUCUCCUAAACGAGUCCACGGUCGGGAAUGUCUCAGAUGUUUUUGGACACGUCAACUCGUCAACAGCAGGUUUCCACGGAGCUCUCCACGCCAGCGCCGUCCUGCCCGUGAUCUUCGGCAUCAUCUGUUUCCUGGGCAUCAUCGGGAACUGCGUCGUCAUCUACACCAUAAUGAAGAAGACCAAGUGCCGCGCGAAGCAGACCGUCCCCGACAUCUUCAUCUUGAACCUGUCCAUCGUCGACCUGCUGUUCCUGCUCGGGAUGCCGUUCCUGAUCCACCAGUUGCUCGGUAAUGGGACGUGGCACUUCGGCGGCGCCAUGUGCACCGUCAUCACCGCUCUGGACUCAAACAGCCAGAUUGUGAGCACUUACAUCCUGACGGCGAUGACUCUCGACCGUUACCUGGCGACGGUCCACCCCAUCCGCUUUAACUACGUGCGUACUCAGUGUGUGGCCACUUUAGUCAUCGUGCUGGUGUGGGCGCUCUCUCUGCUGACCAUCCUCCCCGUGUGGAUGUACGCCGGACUCAUGCCUCUCUCCGACGGGUUGGUGGCGUGCGCGCUGCUGCUGCCGAACCCGGUCACGGACACGUUCUUCUUCACUUUGUAUCAGUUCUUUCUGGCGUUCGCGAUACCUCUGGCCAUCAUCUGCGUCGUUUUCGCGAAGAUCCUGCAGCACAUGUCGACGAGCGUAGCCCCGCUUCCCCCUCGCAGUCUCCGGGUGCGGACGAGGAAGGUGACCCGCACGGCCGUCGCUAUCUGCCUGGCGUUCUUCACCUGCUGGGCGCCGUACUACGUCCUCCAGCUGGUCCAUCUCGCCGUGCACAAACCCAGCGCGGCCUUCUCCUACGCCUACAACAUCGCUAUUAGCAUGGGCUACGCUAACAGCCUCAUCAACCCCGUCCUCUACAUUGUCCUGAGCGAGACGUUUAAAAGGCGGCUCUUCGGGGUCGCGUGUCCCAUCAGCAGGAAGUUUAGAGUGAACCCGAGCACCACGGACGGAGGCAGCGUGAGCGUCCGGAUGAUUCCAGAAGGAGCCCAGCAGGAGCGCGGGUCCGGGGAGAUGAAUCCGCUCAAUCCGGCGCCGCAGUGA